GCGCAUCUGGACCCACGCGGGGUGAAGGGAGGACCUGCGCUGUCGCUUUAAAUCUGGCCCCUCCCACUCCUGCAGCCCCCCCAGUGCUGCUGGCCUGAGAUGGGAGCGCACACAGCGGCACCAUCACGGCCGAAGAAACGGGAUAAACCGGGAGAAGAAGCGAACAAAUACAACACCGCAUAGGCACGGUUGGCAGCGGGAGGAGGAGAAGGAGGUAUAACGUACAUUUAAAAAAAUGGGGUUAACGGAACAUUUGAUUUGCUUCAACCGGAUCACACCGCUUGAUCGCGUUCUCUGAGAAACUCCGAUGUGGUGGUCGCUCGCGUUUUGCGCUUUUUUAUCCUUUCUCUUUGAGCGCCGCUGAUACAAAGGCGCUCGGUCCGGAGCAGCAGCACCGCAUGAACGGACCCGCUUUCACGGACACGCGCGGAAUGCUGGACACAGGCAGUGAGUAAAACCCCCUCAGCGGGAUUAAAAACACUUUCUCAUUCUUCUUCUAGACACUAUUGUCACCCCCCCUGCGCGAGGAUAGACGAUGUCAUUGUGUCAAGGCUGAGAUUUUGGAAGAAUUAAAAAAAAAAAAAAAACCCUUCCUUUUUGAAAGUGUCCUUUUCUGGAAUAAUGCACGAAGGAAAGCUGCAUGAGAGCGCCGCUUCUUAUUCCCUCUCACCCCGCACACGUCCCCAGCGGUCCCUCUGCCCGACCGGCCGGUUCCUCUGGUUCAGAAUGGGAUGCGUCGUCGUAUCUGCGCAGCGCACGACGAGCGUCAGCGCUCGCGCACUGUGUCUCUGAGCGGCUCACCUGAAGGCCCGUGUCCAAACGCUGUCCCUGCUCUCUGGCCGCAGGUCAGGCCAUUGUUGUCGACAACCGGACCCUCGAAGGACAAAACGCUGCGCCCUUGGAUUCAUUCACCCUGUGGUGUGUGUGUGUCUUUGUGUGCACGUGUGUGUGUGUGAGCCGGUUGCAGAAAUAAAUUAGACACAGUAUGGUGGAGCCGGUGGGAUUUACCGAGGCGUGGAAAGCUCAAUUCCCGGAGUCCGACCCCCCCAGAAUGGAGCUGCGAUCGGUCGGAGGCAUCGAGCAGGAGCUGGAGAAGUGCAAAGCUUCCAUCCGGCGCCUGGAGCAGGAGGUGAACAAGGAGCGCUUCCGCAUGAUCUACCUGCAGACCCUCCUGGCCAAGGAGAGGAAGAGCUAUGACAAGCAGCGGUGGGGCUUCAGGAGGACGCCGCUGAACGAGGGCAUGGAUCCCGCUGCCACGCAGGGCGCCGAGUGCCAGUCCCAGCAGCCGCACAUGCAGGAGACCGGCGGAGUUGGAGUAGGAGUAGUAGGCGGAGUGUAUGGCGGCAGUAUGGAGAGGAGCCGUUAUCAGCCUCUUGGAGACGGGGCCGGGAGGUCCAAACCCAGGCCCCCGCCGGCCAGGAAGUCAGCCUCCCACGGGGACGGACUGGAGUCGGCCUUCGAGGUGCCCCAGCAGGCCGAGUCGACGUCUUGCGACAACCUGGAUGGCCUCUCGCCGUCCAAGCAGAAAGGCGGCAUCUCUGUCUCCCCCCGCAGACUCAAUGUUCCGCCCACGGAGAAGGACCUGCCCUCCGACCCCAAGGACAAGCUGGGCAUGGGCCUUGGCGUGGCGGCCCUUCGGUCCAACUUUGAAAGGAUCAAACGGGCUAACUCUCAUUCUGUGGGUGAUAUUGCAAAGGGCCAGGAGAAGCAGCAGCAGCAGCUACCGCCGCCACCGCCGCCGUUCUACUCUAACAUGGAAUUCCACCACGAGAGGGGUCUGGUCAGGGUCAACGACCGUGACGUUUCUGACAAGAUCAGCACCCUGGGCACCCAGGCCAUGCAGAUGGAGCGAAAGAGAUCCCUCCACUCUCUCCCAGGUAACCUGGCAACGGCGGCAGGAGAGCUCCGCGCCAGGCCAGUGUACAGAGGCCGUUCUACUGAGAGCACCUGCGGCUAUGACGCCGAGUACGAAGACGGGGAACCCAACCAGCGGAACGCAGGGCGCGCCAACGGCGGCAAACCUCCGCCUCCUCCAUGGCAGCCCUCGGAGUUCCAGGCCUACUCCAGCGUCUAUGUCGGCGGGGUGAUGAUGGGCGAAGGUGGCGUUGGAGACGGAAGAGUCGGCGGUGGGAGUGGUGGCGGAGUCACAAUGAGAGACCUCGGAGGAGCUGACGACCACCUCCUGACCUGGCCACGCCGUUCCUACUCCCCCGGGAGCUUUGAGGAUGUCGGUGGAGGCGGUGGCUACACGCCGGACUGCAGCUCCAACGAGAACCUGACGUCUAGCGAGGAGGACUUCUCCUCGGGACAGUCCAGCCACGUCUCGCCCAGUCCCACCACGGCCUUCCGCCGGCCCUUUAGAGAGAAGAGCCGCUCGCCGUCCCAAAACUCCCAGAACUCCCAGCACUCCUUCGACAGCAGCAGCCCUCCGACGCCUCAGUCCCAGAAGCGUCAGCACCGGCAGCAGGGAGGCCACGUGGUCAUGUCUGAAGCCACUAUUGUGAGCGUUCGCAAGACCGGUCAAAUCUGGCCGCCUGGUGCCCAUCAUGACCUCGUGCCUCAUGGUAGAACGUCCCAUGACAACAGUUUCCAUGGGGACCACCUAGAUGGUCAUUUCACCGGGACGCCUCCCACGUACGGUUACGAUGCAGACCGCGCGGAGGAGCAGCGGAGGCACCACGACAUCCUGCCGUACAUCGACGACUCGCCGUCGUCUUCGCCGCACCUCAGCUCCAAGAGCCGCAGCAGUCGGGACACCCUCUCCUCUGGGUCGUUGGAGUCUUCCAAGUCGACUGAAUGCGACCUGGAGAAAGGUUUGGAGAUGAGAAAGUGGGUCCUCUCUGGGAUCCUGGCCACCGAGGAAACGUACCUCAGUCACCUGGAGGCCCUGCUGCUGCCCAUGAAGCCUCUGAAGGCCGCAGCCACCACGUCGCAGCCUGUGCUCACUCUGGCGCAGAUAGAAACGAUCUUCUUCAAAGUGCCUGAGCUCUACGAGAUCCACAGGGAGUUCUACGACGGGCUUUUCCCUCGCGUUCAGCAGUGGAGCCACCACCAGAGAGUCGGAGACCUCUUCCAGAAGCUGGCCAGCCAGCUUGGAGUCUACCGAGCAUUCGUGGACAACUACGAGCUGGCAGUGGAGACGGCGGAGAAGUGCUGCCAGGCCAACACACAGUUUGCUGAGAUCUCUGAGAACCUGAAGGUGAGGAGCCCGAAGGACUCAAAGGACCAGACAGCCAAGAACUCCUUAGAAGCGUUGCUGUAUAAACCAGUGGACCGAGUGACCCGCAGCACAUUGGUACUUCAUGACUUGCUCAAACACACGCCCACCAGCCACCCGGACCACCCGCUUCUGCAGGACGCCUUGCGGAUCUCCCAGAACUUCCUGUCCAGCAUCAACGAGGAGACGACGCCCCGGCGGCAGUCGAUGACCGUAAAGAAGGGAGAGAGCCGCCAGCUUCUGAGGGACAGUUUCAUGGUGGAACUAGUGGAGGGAGCCAGGAAGUUGCGGCACGUCUUCCUCUUCACCGACCUGCUGCUCUGCGCCAAGCUGAAGAAACAAAUCGGAGGUAAAACCCAACAGUAUGACAGUAAGUGGUACAUUCCCCUGACUGAGCUGACCUUCCAGGGCCCCGAGGAGGCCGAGCCCCUUACCAUCCCCCAGGUCCCCGACGAAGAGCUCGACGCCAUAAAGGUCAAGAUCUCACACCUGCGCUGUGAGAUUCAGAGGGAGAAGAGAGGCAACAAGAGUUCAAAGGUCAUCGACCGUCUCAGGAAGAAGCUCACCGAACAGGAGUCGCUGCUCCUGUUGACGUCUCCGAGCCUGCCCAUCAGGGUGCACAACAAGAACGGCAAGGGUUACAGUUUCCUGAUUUCCUCCGACUAUGAACGUGCAGAGUGGAGGGAGUUAAUGAAGGAACAGCAGAAGAAAUGUUUGAAAACUUCUUCCUUGACUUCUGUGGAGCUGCAAAUGUUGACCAACUCCUGCGUCAAGCUGCAGACUGUCCACCACAUUCCACUUAGCAUCAACAAAGAGGAGGAUGAAUCCCCGGGUCUCCACGGGUUCCUGAAUGUAAUCGUCCACUCUGCCUCCGGCCUCAAACAGAGCUUGAAUCUCUACUGCACAUUGGAGGUGGAUUCCUUCGGCUUCUUUUCAAGUAAAGCCAAGACGAGAGUGUAUCGAUACACUACUGAACCCAAGUGGAACGAGGAGUUUGAGAUUGAGCUGGAGGGCUCUCAGACCCUGAGGCUGCUCUGCUAUGAGAAGUGCUACAACAAGACCAAGCAGAACAAAGAGGAUGGAGGAGAGAGCGCAGACCGCAUCAUGGGGAAAGGACAGAUCCCGCUUGACCCUCCGACUCUCCAAGGCAAAGACUGGCAGAGAACCGUUAUUCCCAUGAACGGGAUCGAGGUUAAACUUUCCAUGAAGUUCACCAGCCGAGAGUUCAGUCUGAAGAGGAUGCCCUCACGGAAACCCAUGGGUGUGUUUGGUAUCAAGAUCUCCGCAGUAACCAAGAGAGAGCGCUCCAAGGUGCCCUACAUCGUGCGGCAGUGCCUGGAGGAAAUUGAAAGGCGGGGUAUGGAGGAGGUGGGCAUCUACAGAGUGUCAGGAGUGGCCACUGACAUCCAGGCCUUGAAGACCGCCUUUGACACCAAUCACAAAGACGUGUCAGUGAUGAUGAGUGAGAUGGACGUCAAUGCCAUCGCUGGGACCCUGAAGCUGUACUUCCGAGAGCUGCCUGAGCCGCUCUUUACUGAUGACCUCUACCCCAGUUUUGCAGGUGGCAUCACUCUGUCGGAUAGUGUUGCCAAAGAAAGCUGCAUGUUGAACUUACUUCUGUCGCUGCCUGAGCCCAACCUGGUCACGUUCCUUUUCCUCUUGGAUCACCUGAAGAGGGUGGCAGAGAAGGAAGGCAUCAACAAGAUGUCUCUCCACAACUUGGCGACGGUGUUCGGGCCGACCUUGUUGAGACCCUCCGAGAAGGACAGCAAGAUCCCCACUAACCCCACCCAACCCAUCAGUAUGGGGGACAGUUGGUCCUUGGAAGUCAUGGCGCAGGUCCAAGUCUUGCUGUAUUUCCUCCAGCUUGAGACGAUCCCCACCCCGGACAGUAAAAGACAGAGCAUCCUCUUCUCCACUGAAGUAUAGAGCUAACGUUGACAUUUUGCAAUGGAGGAGUUCAGUAGAGUCGGACCAUGGCUCAAAGUGAGCCUCCAGUAAUAUGUUUUUGCAUUAUCUGAGCAGAUUUCAUGAGGCUUUCGCAGCCACAGAGGAUUGUUUCUGACGUUGAUUAUUUCCCUCAAACACCGGAGGGCGCCAUUGGUCUUCAAAGCUCUGAGGAUGCGAGGUCCUGCGGUAACUAGCUCCCUUUACCUGAUAUUUAAUAUGAUUCCUUCUACCUACAGUGAGGAUGUGGGUACUACACCGUGCUCCCUGUUGGCCUCAACAUGGUUCAAAAUUGUCCAAAUCAAUCCAUAAUAGAACAGAAUACGUCUUUUUGAUUUUGUCCGCCAACAAAAUUCCACUUAUCUUUUAGCUUGUCAUCCUCUAUUUGUGUUUCCUUUGGACAAUCAUCAGCUCUCAAGACACAAUAUCUUGAUCCCUCUCAAACGUUGCUUCAUGCCCUGCCGUGGAAAAUUCUAACGGUGUGUUACGUAGCCUCAGAACAUUGUUGUGGAGAAGACAAGAAGAAACAUUUGGGCUGUUUGUAGAGGUUUAAAACGCUGCCACGGCUUUGGUUAAGAAAGCCAACACCUGUGUGUCACAUGUUUACAACGUAAACAAACCCAAACGCUGCAGCUUGAAAAGGGACCGCGAAACAUGGUAGAAGGAACAUCAUGAUCAGUAAUACACUGCGAUCUGACCAAGACCUUAAAGGAAAAAAUGUUGUGUUGUUUGUGUAUCAAGGUAGUCUUCAGCUUGAAUAUCGAGGAAGCAAUAUAUUUUCUAACAUAGGAAUUGUCUGUGUUCAUACCUUUUGCGGACGCAAACGUGCUUGUUAUUGUAACAUAGAACAUCCUGCCAAAUUAAUAUCUUGAUCGUUUGUUUCCAGGAGAAAAGGAAGCCGGUGUAUUUACAGACACAGUAUGUACAUAAUCUUAAAGUUGUAUUUUUUUUCCUUUCUUUUUGGUAAACAGUAUAGUCAUUGUUGCUAUUAUUGUAAUUUAUUUUGGGAGGCAUGGGGGAGAAAUUGAUUUGGGUUUUUUUUCUACGUGAACUUUGUUUCUAUUUGAUUAUGAAAGUGGUAGGUCUUAGCCUUGACUUCAAGUCCUGCAGCAAAAAAGCAGGAUUUAGCCUUGUUCUUAUAGAAUUUACUCUGCUGUUCUAUCUGGCCUAUCAAUGAUUCAUUUAGACAUUAUUAUAAAACACAUUGUACACAUACAUUACUGUAUGCUGCUGCUGUUGUGGAAAAGGCACAGGCUCUUUGAACGCUGUGUGUUCCUCAGCAGAACGUCUCACACCCAUAAUGUCCAGUGUAUGCAUUAUGCCAAGUCAUAAUAGACCACACACACACACACACUCACACUCACUAACACAUGACGUUUCAUCUGUGGCUGCAGAAGUGCACUCAUGUGAUGUUAGAACUACUGUAUUGAAGUAACUUGAGAGCACUCUGCAUUUAUGUUGAUCAAAGAGCAUAUUUGUUGGUUUAAUGAAGGAAUAUUAUUUUGUUUCAUCUUCUCCUGUAAUCUUUAUUUUAUCUCAUGCAUUUGUUCUUCCCGUUAAGCCUGAAGGUUUCCAACUCAAUGGGGAAUUUAAAGGAAAGAUCUCAGAAAUACUGUUGAUUCUAAAAUGAGAAAAGAUUUGUUUGUUUUUUAUUUAACAUGCGGGCAUGUUUUAUUGUUAUUGCUUUAUUUUUUGAUUUUGUUUGUUUUAUUGCUGUUUUUUUCACAAAAGUGUCACCAUCAACAUUGGGAUGUUGGUAACUUGUGAGGAUCUUGGUUUACAUUGUCACCGUGUGUCAUUUUUCUG